GCACGUGCAGGUGGUGGUGACAUUUUGUAAAAUUUUUGGUUAAAGGUGUGCCGCAAGACGUGCCGUGGCUCAAAAAAGGUUGUAAAACAACGAUGUUGUGGUGGAGAGGCUUCCCGGGUUGUGAGAUCGUCUCCAAGGAUGCACUAGUUUCGAGCGGUCAAAGGUAUAGAAUACAGAAAUUCAACAAAGAAACCAAGCAAACAUGACACUCACUCGAAUAACCGUUAGUCAUAGUUAGCUUAAAUACUGAUAUUAGCAUCGAUGAAAAGGGAGCCUAACUUUGUGAAAAGGGUGCCCAAACUACUCUACAGCUCCCACAAUAAGCCAAAAAACUCACCUUUAUGCAUUCACGCACAGCAUCAACCUGGUGAUAUGAUGUAUGAGGCGCAAUAAGGCUCAGAAAUCUAUAUAUUGUUCAACCGAAAAAAAAACGUCCCGCAUUGUGGUGCGUUUACUGACCGCUGAACACAGUAAGACAAACGACACUCUAAGCCGAACAUACGUACAAUGCAAUGUAAAUUAUAGGCUUUCUAACAGUCACAAUGUUUAUGAAAUUAAUAUCAAUGCGUUUUCUGUAUAGUAAGUAACAUAAUGUAAUCUUGAAUACUGCCUGAGAACUAACACUGCACUCUAAGAUGAGCAUAUAAUGCAAUGUAAAUUAUGGGCUUUCUAACAGAUGGAGACAAUACUAUAUCUUUUGUGAUGAUGACGCCUAUCAGCAAGUGUACCUAAUGCUGUGUCCACGCCCCCAAUGGAGUGACGUCAGUCGUCUCCUCCUCACCAUGACAACAGCAGAUUUCCAGCAUCGUCACUGUUUAACCACGUCCCCCCUUCUUCAUACUAGGAUCAGACACGACUGCAUGUAGUCUUUUGUUUCGCCCCCACUAGGCUGUGAUCUUCCUGAUGUGCCUCCCAGCAGCAUCAUCAUCAUCGUCACCAUCAUCAUCAUCAUCAGGACAAACAAGGAGUGUUGAGUAGUGAGGAAACAGCAUGGCUGCCAUGCAGCAUCACCGCUCACCGCUGCCCCUGCUGAUUCUGCUUUGCUUCCUUCCGCUUAUCCACACUCGGACGUCGGCGAUAUCGGACUUAAAAUCCAAAAUAUCCGGAGUGGAGGAGCUCCUGGAGGAGUUCCGCAAGCAGCUCCAGCAGGACCAAACGUACAGGCCCGGCGAGGUGGCCGACUCCUGCGUGAGCGACUUCACCUCAACCCGGGAGAGCAUCAUCCGAGCCAAGGCCUCCAUCGAACAGGGGGCCACUUUCCUGAUGGCGCCGGACAGCGUGUACACCUGGAGGGACUGUGUUCACGCCUGCUGCUCCCAGCCCCACUGCACCUUGGCGGUAGUCCAGGAGGAGCCGAGGCAGCCCGGGGAGAGUCUCAACUGCUACCUGUUUAACUGCACGUACAGGAGCCAAAAUGUCUGCUCCUUUGCACCGCAGCCGGGCUUCACCUCCCACAGGCGCCCUGCUAACGCCACGCUGGGGCAACUCCUGCCUGAAUCCCCCGGAGGCUCGGAGCGGAGGCGUGGGGAUGUGGAUGAUACACAAGAAGUUGACGAGCCCCCCCGCUGCGAUGCCGGACAGGAUGUGGUGAUCCAGCUGCCCACCGAUUGGGCUGUUCUGGACGGUCGUGACAGUGUGGACGAUCAGAGUAUCAGUCGCUACGAUUGGACUCUGGUCAAGGGGGACGCAGACAUCACUAUGAAGGCGACUCAUCCAGGGUUGUUGAAGAUCAGUGGUCUCCAGGAAGGCGUCUACACUUUCCAGAUGACUGUCACCGACACGUCUGGUCAGAAGAGCUCCGACAAUGUGUCCGUGACCGUAUUGGCACCCAAACACCAAGCAGAAGUGUGCACCGGACAUUGCUCCAACUACCAGUUCAAAUGCGACGACGGCUGCUGUAUCGACAUCACCUUCGCCUGCGACGGGAAGCAACACUGUCCCGAUCGCUCUGAUGAAGAUUUCUGUCCAAACUUUGACACCAGCAGGAAGUCAGUGACCCACACUGAGGGUCUGCCCGUCUCUCAGCUUCCAGCAACACACACUGUUGGCAGGAAGACCGCUGAGAACGACAGACCUUCUCAAGAGAGGAGCAAAGCUACGCCUCAACCCGGCGGACGACAAGAUACAACCAGUCAAGACCCGUGCGCCACCGCUCCAGUAGUGGGACCAUGUAAGGGCGCCUUUGCACGCUGGUACUACGACCAUGACGCGGGAGAAUGCAAACACUUCCUGUACGGCGGUUGCCAGGGCAACCAUAACAACUUCCUCCAGGAGGCAGACUGCGUCAGUGAAUGUAUACAGAAAAGUCCAGCCUUUAAACCAGCAACCGUGUCUCCUCCUGUCACCAAGCAGACUGACAUAGCUGCCCCCAAAGCCACACAGAGCCAAUUAGAGAGUGACAUCCCACUCUCCAAACCAGUCAAGGGAGGACAUCCUGUACCGGAGUCAGGCGCCAUCCUUCCUCUGGCGUUGGGCCUCAUCAUCACCGCCCUGCUGCUGCUCAUGAUCGGCUGCCGACUCAGGCUCGUUCGCCACAAGCUGAAGAAAGCGCGACCCCUCACCACGGAGGAGUCCGAUUACCUCAUCAACGGUAUGUACCUGUAGCCGCACCGGACGACUGGGGGCCCGUUCCAUAGGUUGGGAAAUGGAUGCUUCCGCUUGAGCCUGAGCCGGGACCUUAUUUUAAAUUAGCAGUUUUUUUGUUUGUUUGUUUUUUCCUGUAGCCUGAUGUCUGUAAUUAGUUUCACGUGAGCUUGGAAACAUCAAUGCACACUGGAACCAUUGUGAGCGCUGCGGAUUGGAUGCUGCCUUGGAAACCAAUGACACAUACUCGUAGAAUCUUGUAGGUUUAUACUGUAUAUACCAUAUGGACAAAGGUAUUGGGACACUGCGUCAUUACACCCACGGGAAGUACAGUUGAAGUAUUGAAGUAUAAAAAUAAUGACGGAAUGGUGACAAAAUCAUGAAUGAAUGACCCGAGUGUCAAAAAUGUUGUCCAUGUAGUGUAUACUAUAAAUCAUAUAGGAAGUUGCACUCAAAAUGAUUGAACCCCUUGAGUAGAAUUGAAUUCUGUGUUAUUCUCAUUUAUUUUGUUAAUGUUUUUUUUUUUUUUAAAGUACCGUGCCAUAAUUGUGCUCGCCACUAAAUACAUAUGAAUGACAUGUGGAUAGAAAUGUAAAUACACUGGAGUGUAGUGGAUUAGUAAUACACUUCUAUACUGUAUAGACACUUUAUUUCUGCAGAAACGUAAGCCAUAGCUAUGGUCAUGUAGUACUCCUGGCCUAUUCUCAAAUUGCAAAGCAUCAUGGGUAUGUAUAUAUGAUAUGGAACUCGUGUAACCAUUCAUCUUACAUUAAAGUUUAUUUUAUAAAAUGGUCAAUCUGAAGUGUAAUAAUUGUAUUCAAUUACAUUUUUAAUGUAUUUUUCUGAGUCACUCGCUUGACAUUUGAUUAUCGAUUAUAACUGGAAAUCUUCGACAUGUAUUUUUCUGUAUGAGAAAUGUUAUUUCAUACAUACUCACAUUUCAGCAACCGUUUAGUACAUCUAGUAUGGCAGUUUGGAUGUACCAUCCACUGAAAAUGAGUCAGGACAAAGCCAUAAUUAUAAUUUUUUAAAUUUAGGGAUGCACGAGUGCUGCUGGCACUGGGGAGGCUGUGGUUCAGGGAAACCAACUGAAGCACAUUUCUUGUGGACGGUAAAUCUAUACUGCUAUACAAUCUACUCGGACUCAUCCUUACACUUAGCAUUUUGAGUGAAUAAGUGAACGCACUCGUGCAGCUUACGUAGAAGCGUUGAUGUGCUUUUCAACACAGCCAUCAUUGGCAACGUGAGUGCAUACAGCAAGAUAAUCAAGGAUGCUGGUGGUACUGUCAUGGCCUAGUAGGGCUGCACGAGUGCUGCCGGAUAAGAGGAACCACGGUUCACCAAAAAACAUACACUGAGAAGCGAGAAAAUGGUUGCUGAAAUGUGACAGGUUUACGAUGAGCCAAUAAUCAUCAAUCAACAAUCCAAUGACAAAACAUAAGCAACUCUUUAUUGUCAUAUGCCAUGCCAGAAAUUGUUGACAGCCAUAUUUAUCAUCACUCAAAAUAAAAUGUGCUUCAAGAUUCCAUGUAUUUCCCUCCCCAAAAGACACCAGACAUUCAUUUGCUUUAUAUUUUGGCAAAGCAGUGACUAUCCUGUUCCGUCACUUGCAUGUGUGACGUAGGUGGAAAGCGCAUCUUUGCACAUGCAUGUGUUGGGUGUUUAAAGAUGCUCUUUGGAUGGGAAGCAAAACGGCCAUUGUGUUGCUUUUCUCUGUGUGUGUGUUGCUAAUACUGCUAUCAGUAGGGAGGGCGGGGACAGCUUAUAUAUUAGCAGGGAGGUUGAACGUUAGGUGAUCCGUACGCACACGCUGUAGCUAUGUGAAUAAGCUAAAAAAAAAAAAGCUCAGGCGUUCCAUCAUCAAAAGUCCGGCGUUCUCUGAAAAUGUUAAUACUAUGCAUGUAAAAGGGGCACGUCAUCUCUAUAUAGUCCAUCACACGUUUUAAUGUAAAGACUGCGGCAACAACUCCCCCCAGUCUGAGUUUCCUCCAGGUUUCAAAAAAAAAAAAAAAAAAUGGUGAGAUUAUGGACUGUCUUCCUGUUCAGAGUUCAUCCCUGCAGGAAACAGAAGUCGUGGAUGUUAGAGAAGCCGGUGCGGAAAGAAAAACACAAACAGAAAACGUUAGGAGCAGCAUUCAAUCUCAAUCCGACUGGUCAGUGUUUGUCUACAUCUCACAGAGCAGAAGAUCAAAUAAAAGACACGUUCCGCCAUUGUUGUAUUAUUCUUGUGGUCAUGCUCCCCACAAACCGCAACCUUCACAGUGCUUUUUUGUCAAGUUUCAUUAGUCCAGCAGCUUUGAUUCAC